GUCCCGCUGAUCCACACGCGAGAAACGUAUCUAGGAGACAUACAUACAUUUGAUUUGUUACAACGUGUCUGGUAUUUGACUGUUUGCUAGAAUGGAAAUGUUCAUCCAAAAUAUCAAUUUAUGAGAAAUCGACGUAAAUGGUCACUUUUCCUUUAAAUGUUCUCUGUUGUUCUGCAUAAUAUCCAGGAAGUGGGAGAGCGUUCUUCCCCAGCUGAUCCAGAGAGCCAGACGGAAGUCUCCUACUCAGAGGCUUUAACAUUCAGCGGUGACCAGACAAGGGGACAGUGUUAUUGGUAAAUAUCGUCUGGAAUUAAUCCCGUGGAUUAUCCGUGGGUGGUUUUAGUGGAGACACGGCCCGGUAUCCCCACCGCCUCUGUCUUUCUCCCGGUCGGUCGGGUGGAUCUGCCGUGGUAGGACUGUCAUGAGCCCGGGCUGGGAAUGGCAUCCUCUCCCAGUGUUUGUAAGAAGGUCGGGCCGGUGGAGGAGGAGAACGGAGAACCGGAUCAUUCUCUACAAGAGAUGUUGAAGGCGAUAGCCGACGAACGGAACCGUCUUACUGUCAGACAAGAAACGAGUGGACUUGGGUGUUUUAAGGACGACCGCAUCGUGUUCUGGACAUGGAUGUUCUCCACGUACUUCAUGGAGAAGCUGUCGCCGCGGGAACAGGACGACAUGUUGUUUUACGUCCGCAGGAAGCUGUCAUACGUCAGCCCCGACCAAUCAGAGGGCAAGAAGGUAGAUGUGGAGGUGUACAGGAGAGACUCUAAGAAGCUUCCAGGUUUAGGAGAACCUGACAUCGACUGGGAGGAGAGUGUUUACCUGAACCUGAUCUUAAUGAAGCUGGACUAUGUGGUGACGUGCGCUGUCUGCACGCGCUCAGACGCAGGAGACAUCCACAUUCACAGGAAGAAGUCUCAGCAAGUGUAUGCGUCGCCAAGUAAACACGCCAUGGACAGUAAAGGGGAGGAGUCUAAGAUGAGCUACCCCAACAUCUUCUUCAUGAUUGACAACUUUGAGGAGGUGUUCUGUGACAUGACGGUAGGCGAGGGGGAGAUGGUGUGUGUGGAGUUGGUAGCCAGUGAUAAGAGCAACACGUUCCAAGGAGUCGUCUUCCAAGGUUCCAUCCGCUACGAAGCUCUGAAGAAGGUUUACGACAACAGGGUGAGUGUGGCAGCGAAGAUGGCCCAGCGCAUGUCGUUCGGCUUCUAUAAGUACAACAACAUGGAGUUUGUCAGGAUGAAGGGGCCCCAGGGCAAAGGUCACGCUGAGAUGGCGGUCAGCCGGGUCCCGACCGGAGACACGUCCCCCUGCGGCACAGAGGAGGACCUGGACUCACCCCUACACGAGAGGGUGACGUCGUUCAGCACCCCUCCCACCCCGGAGAGGAACCGCCCCUCGUUCUUCUCCCCUUCUCUCCGUCGGAAGGUCCCCAGGAACCGUAUCACUGAGAUGAAGAAGAGUCACUCAGCCAACGAUAGUGAAGAGUUCUUCAGGGAAGAGGAUGACGAGGACCUGUGUAACCAGUCCAACCUGCGGUCUCGCUCCCUGUCGGGUACAGGUCGGUCCCUGGUGGGAUCUUGGCUCAAACUGAACCGUACGGAGGAGUACUUCCUGCUUUACUCCCACCUGACCUACGUCACCCUGCCGCUGCACCGCAUCACCUCAGAUAUCCUGGAGGUGAGACAGAAGCCCAUCCUGAUGACAUAGCAGAUCUCCAGUCCUCCUAACUGCCCCAGAGCCUCCCUACGAAGUGCCUUCCUGCAUCAGGCCCUGACUGACGCCACUACAAUCCAGUGGUGAGAUGGAAAACUACAGCAACAUUACCACCAUCUAGUGGUGACAUGGCGGAAUUACAGCAACACUCCCAUCUGGUGGCGAUAUGGAGGAAUUACAGCAACACUACCACCAUCUGGUGGUGAGAUGGAGGAAUUACAGCAACACUACCACCAUCUGGUGGUGAGAUGGAGGAAUUACAGCAACACUACCACCAUCUGGUGGUGAGAUGGAGGAAUUACAGCAACACUACCACCAUCUGGUGGCGAGACAGAGAACUUUGGAACAAUGAAAACCAGCCAAUCAAAAAAGUGCCUCUUCCGUCUGUCAUGUUCCUGCUCGAUGAGGAUUCGCCGGUGGGUGUGAGGCGGUCGCCAGGGAAACGGGCAUAGCAACCCACCUGUCCUGUCAGGAUCACAAUGGUCGUGAAGUGCAGUGCCAUUGGCUGAACUCUGACCUGGAACUAAAAUGAUUUAGAAUGUCUCUGGACGAAUCUAAAAUGGAACUCUAUUCCCAAUUUAGUGCACUAACGUUGGCCUUAGCCCAAUGUGGACUCUGAUCUAAAGUAGUGCUCUAUAAAAGGGAAUAGGGUGCCAUUUUGGACAACGGCUCCUGUUUUCUUGUAAAUAUCCUGCUGCUUAACUAUUCACUGAUAAGCCUUUAGGAAAGGUUACGCUUCUCCUGACGGAAACAUAAAGCUUCUGUCUGUUUUGUCGUUGCGUGUUUGUGUUUAUAUCUGCGAGGCGGGGAAGGUUAAAAGGAUUGUGUGUGUGUGUCUACAACGUUGUCUAAGUCCCAGGGCUUUGUGGAUGUGCUGCCUUCAGUCUAUCAGCACACCACUGGCACAUAAAGGAUGUUACUCUGAGACCAGAAUGGCACCGUAUUGACCAGGGAGUAGGUUUCCAUCAGGCUCACAGUCUGGAGAUCCUUCAACUCUUCAGUUUAACGUGACGAACUUUCAACAGGGAACUGAAAUUAUCAUCUACAUAAAAAACAAUGACUUGGAAAUUCACACACGUGUGAGGAGGAUUUUCCUCAGCACUGGAACAAGAUGGCUGAAUAUAGAAACACAGGGCCUGCUGAUACUCAGCUUUAGUAGCCGUAGAUACUAAACCCUGUUCCUGUCUGGUCUCGUCCCCAGGCUGCUGUUACGUAGAGCCUGGUAACUGUCUGGAACUAAGGGGGUGUGGCUUUACUGAGUGGUAUGCUAAUCAAUUCAAAUUCUGGAGCGAAUCACACGACUGAGGAGAAGGGGGAGGGAGCGAGCGAGCCUGGGAUAGUUGUAUUUAUGGAAGCCCAUUCCUGCCAAAAUACAAUUAAAUGUCGACACUGCCUCAACAUUAAGCUUCUAACUAAAACCAUUUAGACAGAACAUACAUCCACUACAUGGACAGAAGUAUGUGGACACCUGGUCGUCACACAUCUCAUUUCAAAAUCAUGGGCAUUAGUAUGGAGUUGUGUCCCCCCCCCCCCCCCCUUUGCUGCUAUAACAGCCUCCACUCUUCUGGGAAGGCUUUCCACUAGAUGUUGGAACAUUGCUGCAGGGGGACUUGCCACAAGAGCAUUAGUGAGGUCGGGCACCGAUGUUGAGCGAUUAGGCCUGGCUCGCAGUCAUCGUUCCAAUUCAUCCCAAAGGUGUUUGAUGGGGUUGAGGACAGGGUUCUGUGCAGGCCAGUCAAGUUCUUCCACACCGAUCUCAACACACCACUUUUGUAUGGACCUGACUUUGUGCACGGGGGGGGGGGCAUUGUCAUGGUGAAACAGGAAAGGGCCUCCCCCAAACUGCUUCCAUAGUUGGAACUCGGUAGUGAGUGUUGCCACGGGUUUCAGCACCCGGCGGUCCCGUUCUGUGGCCUACCACAGCCGUUGUUGCUCCUAGACGUUUCCACUUCACAAUAACAGCACUUACAGUUGACCGGGGCAUCUCUAGCAGAGCAGAAAUUUGACCAACUGACUUGUUGGAAAGGUGCCACAUUGAAGGUCACUGAGCUCUUCAGUACCGCCAUUCUACUGCCAGUGUUUGUCUAUGGAGAUUGCAUGGCUGUGUGCUCGAUUUUUAUACACCUGUCAGCAACGGGUGUGGCUGAAACAGCCAAAUCCACUAAUUUGAAGGGGUGUCCACAUACUUGUGUGUUUCCUCAUUUGUAGCAUUAUGAAGUCUAUCUGUCCACGUUGCUGAACUGGCAUUUGCCCCAACACUUUAUAUAGUGUAAUAAAAUAAUUGACACAAAACCA